ACUCUCCUCCUCCUCCUGAGACAGCCCUCUCAUCGCACUGUGACAGGGAAGGGUGACACUGGGUGACACGUGCCGGCCCACUCCCCCCUCCAGUGGGUAUUUCCCACCUGAAGAGGGUACCCAGGUCUCAGAGCGAGCAGGGAAUGGGUGAGCAGCAGUGUCACAGCCUGUCGCGGCACUCUCCCAGUGACAGCUCCACAGUGCCCGCCCUCAGCAUUGCUGUGGAUGAGCAGAACGUCGUUCCGGGCGCCCUGAGUCUCAUCCGGGAGCUCAGACCCGACUGGGACCUCCGCCAUGUGCAGACUAAGUUGUUCACUGACGGCAUCACAAACAAGCUGCUUGCCUGCUAUGUGGAUAAGUGUAUGAAAGAUGCAGUACUUGUGCGUGUCUAUGGCAAAAGGACUGAGCUGUUUGUGGAUCGAGAAGAUGAGGUGACAAGUUUCCAGUUGUUGCGAGCUCAUGGUUGUGCCCCAGAGCUGUUCUGUACUUUUCAAAAUGGACUGUGCUAUGAGUUCAUGCGUGGCUUGGCACUUGGCCCGGAGCAUGUGCGCCAAUCUCAAAUAUUACGCUUGAUUGCUCACGAGAUGGCCAAAUAUCACUGUAUCCCAGCCCAUAAUGGCUGCCUUCCAAAACCAGUCCUUUGGCAGAAGCUGAACAAGUACCUAUGUAUCCUGUAUACCGAAGAAGGAAUCCAAGACGGAUUGCCAGCAGGGAUUCCCAGCCUGAAGGUGUUGGAAGAGGAACUUCUCUGGCUACAAAAGUACUUGCCCUCCCUCGAAUCACCUAUUGUCCUUUGCCAUAAUGACUUACUAUGUAAGAAUGUUAUCUACAAUGAAGAAGAAGGUCAUGUCCGAUUUAUUGAUUAUGAAUACGCUGGGUACAAUUACCAGGCCUAUGACAUCGCUAACCAUUUUAACGAAUUUGCAGGAGUGAGAGAGCCAGAUUAUCGAUUGUUUCCUGACAGAGAGACUCAGCUCCAGUGGUUGCGGCAUUACUUGGGGGCCUGCAGAAAGCUGAAAGGAGUAGAGGGAGAGCCCCAAGACAAAGAGGUGGACAAACUUUGUAUGCAAGUCAAUCAGUUUGUACUGGCAUCCCACUACUUCUGGGGUCUAUGGGCUCUCAUUCAGCAUAGAUUUUCAGACAUUGACUUUAACUUUGCACAGUAUGCUAAGUUAAGGUUCCAGCAAUACUUUCAAGUGAAGCCUCAUAUGACUACACUGCAGGAUGUGAAGUAAACAAAACACUGGAAA